CCCAUUCCCACUCUCCGCCAGCUGCGCCGCGGUCGGUUUGCGUCUGGGAAGCAACGAGGCUCCGAUGUGUGGGGUUCAGUUACACCAGAGCGCCCGAGGAAGUGCACGCGGCUAUAUGGCUGUCUCGUUCUCCAUUUUUUCCAGCGUGCAAUUGCAGAUUCCCAUUUGCGAUUUAGAUUGCUUGACCAGAAGAAGGUCACCCUGAUCAUUUUCAAACAUUUGCUUUGAGGUUUUCCUCCCGGACUAUCAGCUCCGCAGCUCGUUUUGCAUCCGCUGCCUUUAAAUUUGUCAGUGAUUGAAUUGGUAAGAUUCUGUGAAGGCGUUUACAGUUUCCUUGAAAGCAGAGAAAUGUGAUCUCAAAACACGUUUUAUAUUUUGUAAAAAUCAAAGCUCACCUUCGCACAAGGACUGCUAAAUUUAUCUGACGAAUUAAAACGAGCCUCCAUGCCCGUAUAUUUUUUUCCCCUUUUGUCACAGUUGUGAAGACUUUCUUCUAAACCUGUAGGAUGCACUAGGCGUAAGUUACAGCAGGACUAAGAACACAUUUGUUGAUUUAACCUAGCAACUUCGAGAAAACAACCCGAACGGAUCCGAGAUGUCCAAUCCAACGAAGUUCAAAAAGGAUAAAGAAAUAAUCGCCGAGUAUGAGAGCCAAGUGAAGGAGAUCCGGGCCCAGCUGGUGGAACAGCAGAAAUGUUUGGAGCAGCAGACGGAGAUGAGGGUCCAACUGCUCCAGGACCUGCAGGAUUUUUUCCGGAAGAAGUCCGAAAUCGAGACCGAGUAUUCCCGUAACCUGGAGAAACUGGCCGAGCGGUUCAUGGCCAAGACUCGCAGCACCAAGGAUCAUCAGCAGUACAAGAAGGACCAGAACCUUCUCUCCCCAGUGAACUGCUGGUACCUGCUGCUGAACCAGGUGAGGAGAGAGAGUAAAGACCACGCCACGCUGAGCGACAUCUACCUGAACAACGUCAUCAUGCGCUUCCUGCAGAUCAGCGAGGACUCCACCCGCCUCCUGAAGAAGAGUAAGGAUAUAGCCUUUCAGCUCCAGGAGGACUUGAUGAAGGUGCUAAACGAGCUCUACACUGUGAUGAAGACCUACCACAUGUACCACACGGAGAGCAUGAGCGCCGAGUGCAAGCUGAAGGAGGCGGAGAAGCAGGAGGAGAGGCAGAUCGGCCGCUCCGGCGACCCCGUCUUCCACCUCCGCAUGGAGGACAAGAACCAGAGGCGCGGCACCGUCAAGAAGAUCGAGAAGAUGAAGGAGAAGCGCCAGGCCAAGUACUCUGAGAACAAGCUGAAGUCGAUGAAAGCCCGUAACGAGUAUCUCCUGACGCUGGAAGCCACAAACUCCUCCGUGUUCAAGUAUUACAUACACGACCUGUCUGACUUAAUUGACUGCUGUGACCUGGGCUACCACGCCAGCCUGAACCGCGCCCUUCGCACCUACCUGUCGGCCGAGUACAACCUGGAGACGUCGCGGCACGAGGGCCUGGACAUCCUGGAGAACGCCGUGGACAGCCUGGACCCCCGCAGCGACCGGCAGAGGUUCAUGGAGAUGUACCCCACCGCCUUCUGCCCCCCCGCCAAGUUUGAGUUCCAGCCCCACAUGGGGGACGAGGUGUGCCAGAUCACAGCGCAGCCCCCCGUUCACGCCGAGCUCCUGCUCAGGUACCAGCAGCUGCAGUCCCGCCUCACCACGCUCCAGAUCGAGAACGAGGAGGUGAAGAAGACCUCGGAGGCGACCCUGACCACCCUGCAGGACAUGGUGACCAUCGAGGACUACGACGUGUCCGAGUGCUUCCACCACAGCCGGUCCACCGAGUCGGUCAAGUCGACCGUGUCCGAGACCUACCUCAGCAAGCCCAGCAUCGCCAAGCGCCGCGCCAACCAGCAGGAGACCGAGCAGUUCUACUUCAUGAAAUUCCGGGAGUUUCUGGAAGGGAGCAACCUCAUCUCCAAGCUGCAGGCCAAGCACGACCUGCUGAAGAGGAGCCUGGCAGACGGUCACCGAGCCGACUACAUGACCACAAGCAGAGGACGACGGAACUCACACAUCCGGCACCAGGACCCUGGACAUGCUAUCCCUCGUGUGGUUGAAAGCUGCAUUCGUUUCAUAAACCUCUAUGGUCUGCAGCACCAGGGGAUUUUCCGUGUGUCAGGGUCUCAGGUUGAAGUCAACGAUAUCAAAAACUCAUUUGAGAGAGGAAACGAUCCACUGACCGACGAGGAGAACAACCACGACAUCAACUCAGUCGCCGGGGUUCUCAAACUCUACUUCCGGGGGCUGGAGAAUUCCCUCUUUCCCAAGGAAAGAUUUAACGACCUCAUUUCCUGUAUCAGAAUAGAUAAUCAGUACGAGAGGGCGCUGUACAUCCGUAAGAUCCUGCUGACCGCCGUGCCGCGAUCCGUCCUCAUCGUCAUGCGCUACCUCUUCGCCUUCCUCAACCACCUGUCCCAGUACAGCGAUGAGAACAUGAUGGACCCCUAUAACCUGGCCAUCUGCUUCGGGCCCACCCUCAUGCCCACGCCCGACAUCCAGGACCAGGUGUCCUGCCAGGCGCACGUAAACGAGAUCGUCAAAACCAUCAUCGUCCACCACGAGACCAUCUUCCCCGACGCCAAGGAGCUGGACGGGCCCGUCUACGAGAAGUGCAUGGCCGGGGGGGACUACUGUGAGAGCCCGUACAGUGAACCUGGAGCACUGGAGGAAGUGGAUCAGGAAGGGGGUAUGGAGACCCACACCAGUGAGGAAGAGGGCGAGCCCAUCGAGGCCAUCGCCAAAUUCGACUACGUGGGCCGCUCCGCCCGCGAGCUGUCCUUCAAGAAGGGGGCGUCGCUGCUCCUGUACCAGCGGGCGUCGGAGGACUGGUGGGAGGGGCGGCACAACGGCGUCGACGGCCUGGUGCCACAUCAGUACAUCGUGGUGCAGGACGUGGACGACGCGUUCUCAGACACGCUGAGCCAGAAGGCCGACAGCGAGGCGAGCAGCGGGCCGGCCGGCGAGGAGAAGGGCUCUGGGAAGGACACGAGCUCCCCUACCGACCGGCUCCCCGAGGCCUUCAUCAGCAGACACAGGAAGAGGACCGACCCUCCAUCGCGCCGGCCCCCCGGUCGCCCCAGCGACGGGCACUGCGCGCCGCUCCCCUCCUCCCACGGCCCCAUCGCCAUGGAGACGGCGGGUUCCCCCGUGGGCGGUCACUACAGCCCGCGGGACCUGCUGCGCGGGCGGGGCCACGCGGCCCUGGACAGCCCCGAGCGAACCCGCCGCGCCGGCCACGGCGGCGUCGCCAACGUCAGCCGCCACGAGUCGCUGCGCAAGACCGACAGCCCCCCCCUGCGCCGCUCCACCUCCUCCGGGCAGCACGCCGGAUUCACCCUGCCGCACGGCAAGCCCCUCGACCCCGAGGCCAUCGCACAGGACAUAGAGGAGACCAUGAACACGGCCCUGAACGAGCUACGUGAGCUGGAGAGGCAGAGCUCAGCCAAUCACGCGCCAGACGUGGUGCUGGACACCCUGGAGCCUCAGAAGAACGCCGUGGCACCGUCCAGCCCCCUCCACAGCCUCCUGCUACGGGCCUCUGAACAGCCUGCCCGUCGCCGCGGCAACACCAACUCCAACACCCCUUCCCCCGACAGCAUGAGCACCUUCAAGCCCCUGCUGGCCCCUCGCAUGGGGGUGCAGCUCAGACCCCCAGCCCUGCGCCCCAAACCACUGGUCCUGCCCAAAACCAGCCCCAUCCAGCCACCCGCACCCCCACCCCAAGACCCCCUGGACAAGUCCUGCACAAUGUGAACUCCGGCCAGACAGCGCCCCCUUCUGGGCACACGGGACACGUGAAUGAGACUAUAAACAAGAGUGGGUUUACAUAGCAACAUAUUAUCAAUGUUUAUGAAAUGGAAGGUCAAGAAUACGUUACAUGGGUGGGGGCGGUGGGGUGGUCGGGGAGGGGGUAGGGGGGAAGAUGGGGUAUUAAAGUUAGUAAUGAUUGUUAAUGUGUUGAUGUAAGAUGGGUGUGAAUUCUUUCAAUGUCUAGAAGUUAAACUGUCUCUGCAGUUAUAGGCAUACAUAUUGAAACCAAGAGAUUACCAUAUGAGUGUUCUUAUAGCCUUGUUACAGUACGGGAUUCCCAUGCAGAAAGCAAAUAGCAUAUAUUAACUCAAAAAAAAAAAAAAACGCAGGCAUGGAGCCACCGAUAUAGCGUAAAUAGCAUAAAUUUAACCGUUUAAAUGUGCGACACUGUUACAUUGUAAAGAGUUUUUCUUCUUGAUAUAUAAGCAACAGAAAUCACAAGGACUUCCUGUGAAUGUUUGGGUACAGCGAAUGGAGGUCUGCAAGGAAUUAAUAAGGAGCUUUUUGUCGUUAGUUUACCCCUUAGAACAAUUGUGGAGAAUGUAGUUUGUUGCUUUUAUCAGUAACAGCUGAUAGCGGAGUUUUCCCUUCAGUGAAUUAAGUAUGCAUAGUUAAGUGAUCUUUGGCCUUAUUGUCAUAUGAAUAUAAGCUUUUACUCACUGAGGGACUCGAAAUGACCACUUUAGAAAGCUGCUAUAUUCUCGAAUACUGCUUGAAGAAUCUGGAAAUGGAUAAGGGUCAACUUUGAGUCAGUUUAGAGUUCGAAAGAGCGGGGACAUAUAGUUCUUGUUUGAGUUUUCAGUGCACUUGGCCAAAUAGGAUGAGGUGACAAACUUGCUUAUUUACAUGUAACAAAAGUUCUGCCAAAAUGGACAGCACAUGUUCCUGUUUUUAUUAUCAGUUAAAAAUGGGGACAUUUUUUUGUUAUUUUUAUUAUUAGGUUUUUUUCUGCAAGAUUAGCAGACUAGUUUCAACAGUCUGCAACUAAAUGGACUCAGAUUGUAACCACUAGGAGAGCUUGUUUAUUCCUUGAAAUAUUUUGAUGAUUCUUGGAUUGGUGUGUGUGUGAGAGUUUGUGUGUGUGCGUGGGGGUGGGGGGGUGGGGGUUCCCUUUGCACAGUGUGCUGUACCUAGGAUACGUUUUCAGACACUGAAUGUGCAUAUGUAUGCACUUCAGCGGUUUUUUAGAAUAGAGGUGCUCUUUGGCCCUGGUCAAAGACACCAGUACUGCCAGUCACAACCCUGUCUCUCUCCAAGCAGAAAUAACACUGAUUGAGCAGUCCCAGUUCAGCCAAUAUGGAGAGAGCUUUAUCAGUAUACUGUACAAUACCAAAUUCCCCUGAACCACGCCCCCCUGUCCCCACCUCCCUUUAAAGCUUAAAUUAGAACCUCUCCAGGUUCCAAAUGUUGGUGUUCCUGUAGAGACGACCUGCCUAACAGAACAUUCCGCGGCUUCUUCGCCAGCUGUGGCGUAGAGCCCGGUAGCCAUGGACUCCUCUCAGACUGUUAUUAUCAGCAGUGUGUGUGUUUCUCCAUCUUUCUUUUUGUUGCCAAUUGACUCCUUACCACAGAAAAUCUACUCAGUCUUUUUUCAUCCAUAAAUGUAACCCCAUUGGGCAGUACAGCACUAAAAAGAAGGAUGAAUGAUUUAUGGGCGCUAGCCUUCGGUUGUGUGUGGAGUGGGGGUUGGUGGCUCACGCUGUAUGAUGUAAUGCUUGUGUGUGAUGGCUGUACUUUGGGUAACCAGCAAAGGCUCGGGAGAAUGCUUUGCGAUCAUGUGAGUCGAUCAUAAGUCAUUCAGGAGUGCCCCUGCGUUCCUGUCAGCUUUGUUGGUAACAGGAGAGAGGUUGUGGAGGAAGGGCGUUGGAAAUGUAACCUGAUCGAGUUUGCAAUAAGCAAUUUCUCACUCGCUCUUUCGCUACCUCUUUCUAAAAAAAAAAUAAUUUAAGAAAAGUGUCAAUCUUGCAUCUUGUAUAUAUUACCAAUUUGUAAUUCUGGUUCCUAACUUUUUCCCCUUUUGUUUAACAGAUAAAUUUGGGAUGCUAUCCAAGUCGGACGUUGCAGUUUAAAGCUCUGUACUGAUCUAGUCAGUGGGAUGUAGGUCUGUUGAAGGUCCCAUGUUGUCUUCAGGCAAUCGCUUGCGGUAGCGGUAGCUGUUCCUUUGCCUGUCCACUGUUACCUUUUAUUGUGUCACUGUAUAUCUGUAGGAUGUACAUGUGAAAAAGUGCCUUUGAAAAUGUUAUUUUUUUCUUCUUUUUUUAUUUUUUUAUAACUGUACCAUUGUGGUUAGUUUCAAAACCCCCCGCUACGACCAAGCGCAGUCUGCAGAUGACAUUAUGGGAUAUUUCUGUGGGAAAGUGACAUGAAUAAUUAAUAAACGGUAGAGUUAAUCCAUGGUGAUAUUGCACUUUUAUGUAUAGGACUGUAUAUUUGGCAUGUAGAAUUGUAGCGGCGUUCCAGUACACACUCUUAAGGGUUGUUCCUCGAGUGAUUCUAAUAAAGGAAAUGACUGUC